AGCCAUCUGAUGAGUUUCAGCUGGUCCCUUAAGCUAUUGCGGUGCUCUUCAGAGCAUAAGAUCUGAUCUCAGAAGCCCUGAAAGCUACAUUGGUUAAAUACUGCCUCUUCAGAGUUUGGGAGCUAUACUGAAUGAAAAUGAAAUUCAGCAUCUGGGUGUCUCUUCUAGCUUUUCUAUUUUCAACUUGCACUGCAUAUGUUGCUACCAGGGAUAAUUGCUGCAUACUGGAUGAACGAUUUGGUAACUAUUGCCCUACCACAUGUGGCAUUGCAGAUUUCUUAAAUAGGUAUCAGCCUGAGACAGAUCAGUAUCUCCAAGUACUUGAAAAUAUGCUGGAGCAGAUCUCAAAUUCCUCAGCUUUAACAGAUCAAUUGUUUAAUCAGAUCCGAAAUGCAAACAUUCUGGACCGAACAACUCAGCCAAAUGUGGUUACAACUUAUACUCAAAAAUCCAGAGACAUCAUUAAUGAAGUCACCAGAUAUGAAAACACUAUUGUGAACCAUGAAAAUACAAUACAAUUUUUAACAGAAAUGGUGGUAUCCAACAAUGACAAAAUUGCAGCAUUAAAGCAGAAGACUGCUCAACUUGAGGCACAAUGUCAGCGGCCAUGUCAAGACACUGUCCAGAUACAGGAACUGACUGGAAGAGAUUGUCAAGAUAUUGCUAACAAAGGUGCCAGGCAAAGUGGCCUCUACUUUAUCAGACCUCAAAAAACCAAGGAGCAGUUUCUGGUCUACUGUGAAAUUGAUCAAGCAGGCAAUGGGUGGACAAUUAUUCAAAGGAGGCUUGAUGGAAGUGAAGAUUUUAGGAAAAACUGGAUCCAGUAUAAGGAAGGAUUUGGACAUCUGUCACCAAAUGAUCAGACAGAAUUCUGGUUGGGAAAUGAAAAGACCCAUUUAAUAACUACUCAGUCUGCUGUUCCAUAUGCCUUAAGAAUAGAGCUGGAGGACUGGAGUGGCCAAAGAAGCCAUGCAGAUUAUGCUCACUUCAAACUUGGAGCUGAAGCAGAUAAAUAUCGUAUGAUCUAUGCCUUCUUUGUUGGAGGUGAUGCUGGAGAUGCAUUUGAUGGCUUUGAUUUUGGGGAUGAUCCAAGUGACAAAUUUUUUACUUCCCAUAAUGGCAUGCAGUUCAGUACAUAUGACAGUGACAAUGAUAAAUAUGAUGGCAACUGUGCUGAACAAGAUGGAUCUGGUUGGUGGAUGAACAGAUGUCAUGCUGGUCACCUCAAUGGCAAAUAUUACAGAGGUGGUGAUUACACUGAAAAAGAUGCUGGUCCAUCUGGAUAUGAUAAUGGUAUUAUAUGGGUAACCUGGCGUUCUCGAUGGUAUUCCAUGAAGAAAACAUCAAUGAAACUUAUUCCAUUCAGCAGACUGGCAGCACUAGAAGGAGGACAAACGGGAGAAAUAAAACAGGGACUAGGAAAUCGAGGAGACAUUUAAAAAGAUAAUACAAAGCCGAUUCUAAAUUUAAUUAAUGACAACUUUAUGCCUAAACAAAAUUUGAGCAUAUUCCAUACUGUGUUCUGGUAGAAAAUAUUCCAUGAGCUAUUUUAACUGUGAUCUCAUUUAACUAACAAGUAUACAAGGGCCAUUUCCACACUGUCAAAAUAUCCUGGGUUGAGCAAAAAAUAUCCCUCUGAAGCUGAGAAUUCCACUUGGUUCCUGGUGCUAAAGCGGGCCUGCCUUGGUGUUGCCCCACGAUAUUUCCCUUACCCAAGGAUUUUAAAAAAUCACCAGUUUGGAGGUUUUUUUAAAAAAAAUCCUGGUGUGACCCUGCUUGUGCCUGCUUCUGUGCAAAAAACAAUCAGGAGCAGAACCAGAUUAUUUUUCCCACCCAGCUGCCUGAUCUCCCUGCCUGACGUUCAUUCAAGCUGUCAAUCAAAAACAACAGCCAAUCUGAACGCAGAACACCAGGCACACUCAGAGAUGCUUGCAGCUUUCACUCAAACAGCCAAUCAGAAUGCAGGACACAGUGCAUGCUCAGAUAUGUUUCCGAAGUAAAUACAGAAGUCCAGGGCUUGUGUGAAAGAAAUUGGAGUAUUUCUUCCCAGUUUUCAAUGGAUUCCUUCAAAAAGUGGGCAGCCAUGUGGACGGACACCCCAGAAUAAAAUAGACCCAGGUUUUUAAAAAAGAUGGUGCGUAGGUAUAAUUUUGCCAUGUGGAAACAGCCACGUACAGUCUCAUUAUUACAAAAGAACCAGCUUAGAUAUUUCAAAUAUUUUAUUUUCAAACUCAAAUUCUAUCAGUAUGAAUCACCAGUAUAUGAAAUUUGCUGCCACAGGUUAUGGUGAUGGCAACUCAUGUGUAAAACUAUAUCAAUGGCUAUUAGCCAUGUAAGCUGAAUCUUCCUCUUUAAUUACACAAAUACAGUUGCUGCGGGGGGGUGGGGGAGUAGGGGAGGGCUGUUCUACUUCUGGAUUUUCCUGAUUCCUGGGAUUAGAUCCAAACAUCUUUUCCCACUCAGUCUUAUUCAGUCAUCGUUGUUACUACAUCAUUUGUUCCACAUGGGUUUUGUCCACAUGGGUUUCAUCACUCCCCUGGAAAUCAAAGAAUACCUGCCUAUUUUCACCUGUGGAGAAGCUGGUUGGAACAAACCCCUGAUCUAGAUGAGACUUUAGUCCAGCCAGGCCCUUCUUGUGUUCCUAAACACCUAUCAGAAACAAAUCAGUCAGAUUUUUCCUGGAAGGAAAAAUAUAGUUAUUUCUUUUCUAUUGUACACUGGAGAUGUUUAAAAACAUUUUAACAUAGGUUUUGCUUGACAAGUUCACAAAACAAAAUGGCCAUCUGUGCCAUCUGUGAAGAACGACUUGGAUAUUGAUAUUUUGAUUUUAGAAUUAGAUCCCAAAUUAUAAACAAAGCCAAAGUGAAAUUAAUGUGAAUUCAGUAAAUUCACAUUAAUUUCACUUUGGCUUUGGUUAUAAUUUGGGAUCUAAUUCUAAAAUCAAAAUAUCAAUAUCCAAGUCAUUCUUCACAGAUGGCAUAAAAGAUAUUAACUGCCCAUAUUCUAUAAGCACUGAAUUAACAUGAAGAAUUAAUGGGGCUUUUUUUGUGAUAGGUCUCACUGAUAAUGAAUCCUGACCCUUUCCACACAAAUUCCUGAAAAUGUUUUGCCACCAUUUUGUGGUAGUUCUGGGUUGUUGUUUAUUAAUUCUCUGUGGAUUCGAUGCUAUGAUGCUUUAAGGCCUCGUACAGUGGUUCUCAUAGGUUGUGUACAUCAAGCUUUGAAUAUUCAAUCCCCCAAAAUAAUUUAUAAAGAACUGAACAAAUAAACAGGUGAGUCAGCAGAGCAAGCUCAGAAAAUGGAGCCGAGGAGAAAGUCCGCAAACUGCAGAAAAACAUGGGAAACGUUUUAAAGAGAUACGCACAGAAAGUUAAAAAAAAUUGAAACUGUUUCAACAAAGAAUUGCUAAAAUGGAGAAUGUAUUUAAAAUGUUUUGAGGCUGGAAAUAAAUUGCUCUGGUGGAGCGGAACUAUGCAGAACUCCUCAGAGGAAACAUUUUAUUUCUUGCCUUGACAUGUUUUAUUGUGGUUGUGCAGAAAGAGCUACUAGCAUCCUUUUUCAGGGGUCUCUCAAGUCCUGAGGGAAAAAUUGGUAAAAUUGGUACAAUCGUGUAUAUGAUUACAGGGACCUUUUGUUUUACAACAGCAACAAAAAAGCAUUGAGUCUUCCACUAGGUUGUGAGGGGAAAAUACAAAUAGCUCACAAAUGCCAUCCUUUCAAGCAUGAAUACUGAAGUUACUGGAUUGUGUUGGCAUGUAACAGUAAUAGAAUAAUGUCUAUGUGUACAUAACUUUGCAAUAUGAUCUAAAACUGCUCUGGAUUAGAAUCACUUUUUGUGGUUGCUGUUCAGUAUGUGCUGUCUAUUUCAAUAAAAUUCAAAAAAAUAAAAUUUGUCUAAAUAGGCCUCCCCAAUGCAUAUAAUUCUGCUAAAGUUCAAAAUUAUCAUCAAAACAUUAGUUCAAAAAUAUGUACUUGUAGUCCUUUUAAUCCAUCAGUAUACAUACUGCACAGACAUCCAAAAUGUACUAUAAUAUCACAUAUAUUUGUCAAAUGUUCCUUUAUUUAAGUUUGCCUGUGUUUUAUUGGAGGUGGUCAAUUGCAUUUUUAAAGGCAUAUUGUUUUGUGAAUAAAACCUAACACUACCAAAUUUGGUAGCAUGUUAAAUGUG